CAGCGGUGAAAGGGUUACUGUGGUGGGUGUUUGCACAUCUGUCAGAUUUUAGGCUUGUGAGGUGUGGAAGCAGGAAAGCGUAGUGUUUGGGACUAAAAUCGAUGAGACUUAGCUGUGGGCUGGGAGUGGAAGCAAGCAGGGUACUGAUCUCUGAGAGAGAGAGGAGAGAGAGAGAGACAGAGAGAGAGACAGUAUCACAAUAGGGCAGCAGAGGCUGGAGGAGACGUCCGAGAGCUGAGCUGCAGUCCAGCCCUGGCUUGUUCACCCUCAGGACCAGGAGAGCAAUCUCACAAAACUCAGCGGUCUCUGAAAAGGGGGAGGAUCAUCCUUGAUUGACAUCUCAUUUGCACAUGAAGAUCUGUGCUUAAGACAAGUCCUAAUGAAGGAGCAGGCUCACUUUUGAAGGAUAGACCAAAGCAAGCUGAUCUGUGCUCUGCCUCAAACAGAUAGCCCCAGCAGUAGGUAAGAUUUUCAGCUUUUUGGUUUUUUUGCUUUCCACACUAUCUCCACCAUAGCUUCACUGGUUGGAUGGAAAUCUGGAUUUUAAAAACCAAACCACAAAAGCAAAUAACGACUUGGUGAAUUGUGCCAGUGACUGAAGAAGGAUCAUCUGAAGUGACAGAGGACACAGCGGAGAAAGCUAUUGGGUUCUUAUUAGGAACGCGGCGAACAAACAAUGAAUUGGGUUGUACGUGGUUGCUAAUCAGAAAACAGUGAAAAGACAAAAGCCAGUGGUAAGCCAAGGCUAGUACCAUCUUUGUACUGAUACGAGUAGUCAUUUAGUCGGACGUUCAGCCGUGGUUCUCUCGCAGUCAAUUUAGAGUAAAGAUUAAUGACCACGAUUAGAUAAAGAGGAGGAUGCGAUAGCCUGAAGACAUGAAUGUCCAGUUGGGUUUGCAGAACAGUGAAGACAUGUCUAGCUCAGACCACGACUUAAUGCACAGCCAAGGUAGGACUUUACAUCCACAUGUCCCUAGAUCCUCCUUGGUGUCCAGCAUGACCUCUGUAUUGGAUGGAGGGGAUUAUCACCGCUCCGAGCACCACCUGGCUACCUCUCUGCAUCCUGGCAUUGGAUUUGGGGGUGAUUCUCCACCUGCAUCAGCCAACAGUUACACAACACUGACUCCGCUGCAGCCUCUACAUGAUAAGUUCCAUCAUCACCAGCAUCACCAAUGUGUCCCAGUUGGCAAUGUUAUUGGAAGUUUUACUCUUAUGAGAGAGGAUAGAGGUUUGGGGCCACCAAGUAACUUUUACAGUCACUAUCCCAAAGACAUAAGCAUGGGCCAAAGUCUUUCUUCUUUGCCCAGCCCUAAUCUCACCACCAUGCACAGUUAUGGUCAUCCUUCUGGACACUUAGCUAAUGAAAAGAUGGUCUCUGGGAACGGUUUUGAGGCCCACCACAGUAUGUUUAGCAGAAUUGACCAGCACUUUUCAAGGGAGUUGUCCCCACCGCCAUCUUCAGGAGUGGGGUCACCUAACUCAAUGCACCAACACCAUUAUGUCCACCACAGGCCUGAAAUAAACUGCAGGCAGAAUCCUCCCAUGCAGACGCAAAACACAGCAAUCUCCAACCAACUGGAAGAAAUUAAUACCAAAGAUGUUGCCCAAAGAAUUAUAGCAGAACUUAAGCGAUACAGCAUACCCCAAGCUAUCUUUGCAGAGAGAGUCUUGUGCAGAUCACAAGGGACUCUCUCAGACCUUCUAAGGAAUCCCAAACCUUGGAGCAAGCUAAAGUCUGGGAGAGAAACCUUUAAGAGGAUGUGGCGGUGGCUUCAAGAACCAGAGUUCCAGAGAAUGGCAGCUUUAAGGUUAGAAGCCUGCAAAAGGAAAGAGCAAGAGCAAAGCAAAGCCGAAAGAAACCACGUUCCUAAAAGGCACCGUCUGGUCUUCACUGACAUCCAGCGACGCACCCUGCAUGCCAUCUUUCUCGAGAACCAGCGGCCGUCCAAGGAGCUACAGAUCACUAUUGCCCAGCAGCUAGGACUGGAGCUUUCCACCGUCAGCAACUUCUUCAUGAAUGCCCGCCGAAGAAGCCUAGACAAAUGGAUGGAUGAGGGUCAUGGGCGUCCACCAUCUUCAGGCUCUUUGGUGUCCAAAACUGGCUCAGCCAUCGCUUGCACUAAAGCAUGAGAAAAUUUGCCAAUAUUGCUAAUAACCAAAGAUAGGAGCAGCUUAGCCAUCAUCCUCAUAUGUUUUCCACCAAUUAGGAAUGACUUAAGACAAGGUGACUUGUUAACAUAUGAGUUAAUGGCUGGGGCUCUCCAUCUGCCAUCUUGUACCUCCUUAAAUGGGAUAUUGUGGGUAUGGACCUGUCUGUUCUUGUUCAAUUUUGUUUUUCCAUAAGGCGUCAACAAGACAAACAGGUACAGGUAAUACAGGUGAUGAAUGUCCCUGCCUCCCCCAAUGCCAUUUUAACUCUUAGGGUUAGGGUUAGCCAGCUUGGAGUUCUCCCUCCAGGAUUAGACACCAUUUGGGAGGAAACAAUGGCUCAGAAAUUUAGCAGUUGAGACUAAAGGUCAAGUACAGCCUUUACUGUACCGAAGCAUCAUGGUUUCCAUUCCUGAGAGAAACUUUCCUCCAUUGUGUGUCCUCAAGGAUUAUUAUAAAGAGUUGUGUAACACAGGUUUGAAUUUGAAAAAGACCAUAUUUAAUAGUUGAUACCCCAAGGCCCAUUGUCUGGCCAAUGCUAAACUGACCCAUACUGUUAUAUAAAUAUGAGGAUAGGACAAAUUCUGCUUUGAAUAUAGCUCUGUUCCAUAAUCUGCACAACAGUAAUUAACUAAAGUAUUUGAUACUUACAAUUGGGAUCCACAAAUGAUCAUGCCAUAAUCCACCAUGCAAGUGUUCUUCUGUUGUAAACCCCAAGGCUGGUUAAAAGAUGAAGGUGGGAAAUGGGAAUUGUGUUGCAAAGAGAAAAAUAAGGAAGUCCCCAGAAAGUCCUAUGGGGUUAAAAAUGUAGAAUCACCCUUAUCUGUCAAAAAUAUAUUUGGGGGGGGGUCUCUAUUUUUAGGAAACACAUCACUCAUUCCAUUUCAAGCAUCAGUUAUUUGGAGAAAACCAAAAAUAAUAUUCCCAGGGAAUAUCACAACAAACUAUUGCAGGUGACAAAGCAACCCAUCCUGUCUUUGAAACUGAACUUUUUAUAGAAAGGACUGAUCGCUUGUUUUAAUCAAUUAGAAGAGCACUUUGAAAUAAUGUUUAUUGGAUUGAAGCUCUAUUUUGUGGGACAGAGAUUCAGGCCUCCUACACUUACGAAAACUUUCAACGGUGGCAUUUGUAGAACUAGGAAAUGCACUGUCAAGAAGCAACAUUUUAUGCCAUCAAGUCCCAAGUACUUUUGGGUUUUGUAGAGAUUCUCUGAAGAAGGCAGUAGUUCCUGUCUUUAGUAGCAAUUCAAAGAUACCUUUGAAUGCUCAUGUUUUGAACACAAGGGGCUGCAAACUGGAUAUACAAAACCAGAACCCUUCAUUCUAUUUCUGACCCGAUCAUGAGUUGAGAAGAACAGUCUGAGAUGUAUGGAGGAAAGGUUUGAUGGUCAAGGUGUUCCUUUCUCGGUUGUAUUUGCAACCAGAUCCCCUAUUGUGUAGAAAGGUAGCUUCCAGGGUCACUCAUAUUUUAGGACUUCCUAUGCCAAAGUAUCAAACCAAAAGUUGUUUAUAAUGGUGGCAUCUAAGAACAGUAUUCACUUGGCAAGGUUUAGAUGAUAUCUCAAGUUAUCUCAUUUAACAAUCAAUCUUCUAAUUGUCUUUAAAAUAUUGGCACAAAAACUCUUAUACCAAAGUUCAGAAGAUCUAACUACAUCACAGUAAGAUAAACCAACCAAAGGGCUGACACGUUCCCAUAAUGCAAUGCUCAGAAAACCUGUAGCCUUAGGGAAGUGCACAUUUUCCAUCUGCCUGCAGCCAGGCCUAACUAAAGUAUGUUUAUUAGUGCAGGUCUUAAUCAGGGCAAUAAUUAAUUUGUCCUUCUCCCAAACAUUUUCUUCCCCUACCUUACAUUCUUCAGCUAUGAUAUCAUAAAUGAAAACAUAAACAGUCUAUCGAUUCCAGUAUUGACCUGUUUCAUAUGAUGCUAUCAGGUAGUACAGAUGGAAAUGGCUGUUUACGUGGAGAAAUGUAAUGUUAAACCGAAGUAGGAUUAUCCCAUUACGCUGUAUGGAUGAGUCAAUAAAAUAUGUUUAUACUGCUGAGCAUUUUAUCUGCACCUAAUAGCUUCAUAUUAGGGGCUGCCUGGGUGGAGAUAAACUGUCAUAUGCUCAUUAUAACAAGAAACUGCUCUUGGAAAAACUGGAGUGACAUUCCCAAUUUGGUUGAAGGAAUAUCAACAGGAUGUUUAAGUCAUGGGUGAUAAAUAAAGCAUUAGAAUACUUAUGACACACGUAGAGGUCUUUAUUCCAGAUGACAUUUAUUGUGGCAUCACUCAUUGUGUUUUUGCCUCUUCUGGAAGGACUUUCUCAGGAAACGCACUAAAGGCACACUAACCUCAAAAAUAUUCUCUGCCUUCUUUAGUAGUUUUUCCUCUAUCUGCUCUCUGCCAUUGAGAUUCAGACUGGGCUAUCAAAAGAUCUCCUGGUGGCCACAGUAUAGAAUUCCCAUCAGCUCAUAUGGGCCUAAAUAAAAACCUAUACUAUUGUACGAUGUCUAUAUCGAAUUGAUGUGAGAGCAGGCCCAUAGUGCCAUCAUCUCUGGUGAAACCCAAUUGGACACUGCUGACAUUCAACUCUGGUUUUAUCCUAAUGAGGUGUGGUCACUCCCCUGCCCAAUAAGAGACACCAGGGUGAGUACUACACCAUGAUAAAAGGCAAUUUUCUUUUAAAAUGGUUAGUGUGCCUUUAAUUUAUGCUACAGAAGACUAUUUUCAGUUUCAAGGACUAUUAGUGUGUCCAUUAAUGUUAUCUCCAGUCCACAGAUGGAGGGUAGGAUAUGGAUGCUUGCUCUGCUUACGGUCUUACAACAGAACCAAAGCUUAUGUCAUGACCAAUUGGCCAUGCAACACAUUGGCACAUGAUACUCAGUAACAUCAUUAAGAACAUCUGUAUAUUUUUCAACUUUAAAGACUCAAAAUCUAAAAAAAAUAAGUCUAUAUAUGUUAAUACACUUACAAUAAAAUUUCUACCUCGUUUUGGGGACCUCAAAACAAAAACAAAAUAUGAAAGUCUUAACGGGUAUUUGUUAUAUAACGAUACAGGCUCCUCUUGCUAGUUUUAAAGAACUAUAUUCCUAUAUAAGUUAUUUAGCUGGACCGGUAAGAAGCAGCCAUAUUGAAAUUCAAAGUGUCAGGGUUGGGUGUCACCUGAUUUCCUUUGGUGGGGGAUCAUCUCUGUUGCUUCUAGUUGCUCUUAUUGUGGUCUUCAACAGUCUUUCUGUCUGGGACCUGCGAAUGAAAAAGGCACUUGAAUUGUUUAAUGUGUUGUGCCACGCAUUCUCCGUAUCUCUUUUUGUACAUUUAAGACAGUUCAGGCAAGUGUUUUUGUUUUCAAAAACAUUUUUUCCUUUGGGACAGCCAAUUUUGGCUUCAUGAUUUCGAUUCUUAAAGAUAACCCCUAUUUGUUCUUUAGCUGAUACAUUUUCUGGGUUGCCUGUUGGGUAAACCAAUGUGGAAUGAAAUUGUUUUCCAUAUGUUAAUUAGCUUGUUCUGUAUGUUUUUGAAUCCUAAACAUGGAAAAUACGUUACCAUCAGAAGAGACGUGGUGACUUCCCCUCCACAACUGACCCAGGGCUCCUUUACCAAUAACGGUUAUGUUGGCCAAGGCCCCUCCCAAGUCUAGGACUAAAGAAUGAAUGUGUUUAUACACCCUCGAUUCCCUGUGGAUGUGCAUGGGUCAUAGAGGAGGUGUUUGGAACCAGAGAACCAAAAAUGACCCUUUGAACCAAAAACAAACUGUACAUAAAUGGACUUCUUUGACUGACUACUGAUUUAAUAUUCUGCUGUUAAAAAUCAAACAUAAUGCAGAAGAUUGCUAUAUUUGUAAGAAAAUGAUGUGUUAUUUAUUUAUUUAUCUUUUUUUUUGUUUGUUUCUACGUUAUUCUUGCCUUUCAGCCUCUGGGCUCUGCAAUGCUAUGAAGGUUGACCAUUUGAAGAACCUUUUUUUUUUUUUUUUUUAAACUUAAACCAAAGAUAUUACCAAAAGGAAGCGUGUGUGACAAUUAAAUGUAAGCAACGAUUUGGCAUGGGGGUACAGGUUUGAAGCUAGAAAACAGGAUGAAAGUAUGAAAUGCAGGAGAUCUCGGUUUUUAAGUAGGGACUGGUUGUGAGCCAAUGGCCAAUAGUUUCAGAUGGUUCAUCAGAUGUCCAAAGGAAUGGCUCUAUAUGUUAUGGGAUGAGCAAUGUGCUCUCUGUUAUUGACUUGGAUUAUCUGCAGCCUCAUCUGUUACAUGUAUGGUCCUACACUACAGGCUCCCAAACAACUGGGGUUGGCUUUUCAAUAUGGCUUCCCUAAUGAUUCAGGUUCUCAGAAGGACACAAUCCUAAACCCAGCCUGGGCCAUAGGUUUCAAGAGUGGAAUCAUCACUAAGUAGGCUUUGUAUUUGGUAUGAGCCGAGGGGGUUAUUUAUUAAAGUCCGAAUGCCAAAAAUUCGAGUUUUUCAGGAUUUAUUAUACCCCGAGGAUGGGUUCAGAAUCCAAAAUUCCGGCAUCUGAGACCUGCUGAGGUUGUAUAUAACUCAGUGGGAGAAGUCCUGAAGAUGUCCUGAUCUGCUCUGGGUUUUGUGCAAAAACCCGAAGAUUUCGUGGUUUUUGGGCAAAAAUCCAAAAAAACAGAGUUUUCGGGCAGAAAAUCCGAAAAAUUGAUACGAUUCAUACAAGUUUUUUCCUGCACAGGAAAUUUUCGGGAAAAUGUAUUGAUAAAUAGGGGGAAAUAACCCGUGUGGAUUACAAAAUAAUGAUUUUGAUAAAUAACCCCCCAAGUGUCAUGGAGAAGUUUAUGAUUCCAACCAAAAAGCUUUAUGAUUCCAAGCACUAGGGGACCCUGUGAAAGAAACAAUCAUAAUUGCUGGAAGACAAUUCAAAUCAAUGUGAUUUUUAUUGAACGGUAGAGGUGCAAACCUUUGGAAACUAGAAUAAUUCUGGUCUUACAUUUUAUAGGUUUACCAUUCUUACAUUUAAAGGGACAAUAAUGCUUAAACCUAACGUAGGCUACAUUUUCAUGUUGUUACGACAACUUGAAUCGAAAUGGUUUCUCCGAGAAUCCAAUUCUUUAGAUUGUGAUAAUUCAGCUCUAAUGGCAUCAGAGAUUUCGAUGAUUAUGAAAUGGUCGUUUUACCUGUUCUUUCUAGCAUUUAAUUCUGAGAGGGAUUUAAAGGCACCUUUCCUCGACAUUUAAGGUCCGGCUGGCAGUAAAUGGGUUAAUCAAGGUUACUUUCACCCAGUUGUUGCCAGGCAGGGGCUAGUGGAUUCCCAUUGUUAGAAAACCUGUACAAAAAAAAUAUUUCUAAUUUAAUUUAAUUAAUUUAUGUUGAUUCAAGCAGUGUUAGGACAGCCGCUGUGCAUUUUAAUAUAUAUAAAUAUAGUACGCAUAUAUAAAUGAAACUUGAAUGUUUAAACUUUGUUAUUUGUGCUAAUUAACCAAAGUCUUUUUUGCCUGUACACAUUUUAAAAACAUGUACAUUUUAUACCAAAGUUUUCUCGGAUACCUCAUCUUGUGAUUUGUCCGUUGUGAUGUUACGCAAAAAGAAAAAAAAAAACAAAUAAA